AAGUUAGCGCUCGGGUGCCAGUCUGGUCCGUAGCCACGAUGGAUACAAUACCGUGCAUUUUGCUCGUCCUGCUUUCUUUAACAAGGAUCCAGGAAAAUAACGCCCUCCAGUGUCACUGUGAGCGCUGCAGUGCCAACUCGAGCUGCACAACAGAUGGCGUCUGUUUCGUCAAUAUCCGCAAGACGGGCAACCGGUUAACGACGGAGCUGCGCCAGUGUGUUUCCGAAAAAGAACUGUUCCCGAGGGAUCGACCCUUCAUCUGCGCCCCAUCCUUCAAGCAUGACACAGUCCUUCAUCCCAUUUGCUGUACCACCGAUUAUUGCAACAAGGACCCUGACCUCACCGGUUUCCCUAUCCCGACUGCAAAAACGCCGUCUCUGGGACCCGUGGCUCUGGCUGCAGUGAUUGCUGGGCCAGUGUGUAUAUUCUGCUUGCUGCUGGCUUUGGCAUUCUACAUCUGCCACUGGCGGGGGCUGGGCGCUGGGGGGGCAGGGGCCCACCAUCACCACCACCACCGUGUGCCCAAUGAGGAGGAUCCCUCCAUGGACCACCCCUUCAUCUCUGUCGGAACAACACUGAAGGACCUCAUCUAUGAUAUGACCACCUCGGGUUCAGGAUCAGGCCUGCCACUUCUUGUCCAGAGAACCAUUGCUAGGACCAUCAUCCUCCAGGAGAGCAUAGGGAAAGGGCGUUUUGGGGAGGUGUGGCGGGGUAAAUGGCGUGGCGAGGAAGUGGCUGUCAAGAUUUUCUCCUCCCGGGAGGAGAGGUCUUGGUUCCGAGAGGCUGAGAUCUACCAAACCGUCAUGCUGAGACAUGAGAACAUUUUGGGCUUCAUCGCCGCAGACAAUAAAGAUAACGGGACGUGGACUCAACUGUGGCUGGUGUCUGACUACCAUGAGCACGGCUCUCUGUUCGACUACCUUAACCGCUACACGGUCACCGUGGAAGGCAUGAUCAAGCUGUCUCUGUCCACAGCGAGUGGCCUGGCCCACCUCCAUAUGGAAAUCGUUGGCACACAAGGUAAACCAGCGAUUGCUCACCGAGACCUGAAAUCAAAGAACAUUCUGGUGAAGAAGAACGGAACCGGCUGCAUUGCAGAUUUAGGUCUAGCGGUCCGCCACGACUCGGCCACUGACACGAUUGACAUUGCUCCAAAUCACAGAGUGGGAACCAAAAGGUACAUGGCACCAGAAGUACUGGAUGACUCCAUAAACAUGAAACACUUUGAAUCUUUCAAGCGAGCUGACAUCUACGCCAUGGGAUUGGUCUUCUGGGAGAUUGCCAGUCGCUGCUCCAUGGGAGGAAUCCAUGAGGACUACCAGCUCCCGUACUAUGACCUGGUUCAGUCAGAUCCAUCGGUAGAGGAGAUGAGGAAGGUGGUUUGUGAGCAGAAGCUUCGCCCUAACAUUCCCAACCGCUGGCAAAGUUGCGAGGCGUUGCGCGUCAUGGCCAAGAUCAUGAGAGAGUGCUGGUACGCCAACGGCGCCGCCCGGCUCACGGCGCUACGGAUCAAGAAGACCCUAUCCCAGCUAAGCCAACAAGAAGGAAUUAAGAUGUAGACCGCACACUACCAAAACACGCAAAACACAUUUCUGACUGGCAGCCAUAUCAUUCGCAUUACAUCGUUUCGACAUUGCCAUUCAUUCAGUUUUCCUCCCCUCCGGAUUGGAAGGAAAGCUCAGACAUCAUUAGUGGUGUCUGUUUCUCACCCUGAACUCACCUAAACGUGAGUUCGGCCAUUUAAAACCCAAGACCUGAAUCCACUGACGGAUGGAUAAACUGACGAGGGACGUCUGUCUGCAUUAAAGGAAGCCUUGGCCCAUUUUCCUCCAUGCUCCUUUGACUCAUUAAAGGAAAACUUUUCAAGAGCCAUUAGGGCAACGGGAAGACAUCCAGACGGUCAGCUGGUACCACCCGAGAGACCACUGAGCUGCCUUACAUAUUGAUCGCCUCAUUUGUAUAUUAGCCUUUCAUUUUUCACUGUAAGCUACCCGCGUUCAUUCAAUACUUGCCUCUAAUAUGAUCCGUCACGGUCCACAAAGACGAUUUACAAACAAAAACUUUCUUUAAAGAAUGUCGUGAUGUGAUGCAAAGUGCUCCCGCAACACUAAUGAAUUCUAGUACUGGGUCAACCGUCAUUAGUUUGACUGCAGUGAGAAAUACGACACAGCACGGGGUAAUCAUUUCUAAUCGGCCUAGUUCAAGCAAAGCGAUGCUUGUGAACUCUACAUUCAUAUGAAAAUGCAGUUUUGUUGUACUGGGAGCAGCAAAGGGAAGUUGUUGUCUGCCAGGACUAUUUGGAAAGUUGCUUCAAUCGGGAUUUUUACUCAUCGUAGAUGUUGGAUGCGAGUAUACUGAGGACUGAAGCACGGACCAGAAUUAAGUAUUAGAAUUUGGUGCAAAAGUUGCACCUGGUUUUCAUUUUCUUGUUGAUAUGUUAUUUCCCCAUCUCCUCCUGUAUUAUCAACGAGAUGGAAAGGUCAGUUUAAUUUAUUGAUUUUUUUUUUCCUUUUCUUUUUGAGUGGCAGGGCAUCUUCUUUUUCCUCCCCUUUUGAAUACUGGACAUGAUGACCUCAUUCAGUUUUGGCAAACAUGCUGCACCAUAUGCAAUUAACAGUAGAAGAUAAACGUAUAUUUUCUAUAUACUCUGCUAAAAUCACAAACAACAACAACAAUCAGUUGCCGCCAUGCCUUCCAGUCCAGCUGUUACCGGAAAGUGCCAGUGCUUAAAAAAAAGAAAAAAAAAAUACAACUCAUGCCAGCUGCUGUGCAAAGCAUUUGUUUUUGUUGUGUAUGCAGCUGCUGUUUGUGUAUAUGUGUGUGUGUGUGAGAGAGAGAGGAGGCCGAGCAUACAGUAGCUCGAACUAUGCACACCCGAAAAGUUCUGAAGGAAAUGAUACGUCACAACGCACAACACCACCCAGCCUCGACCCUCUGGUGCCAUUUCACGACUCUGAACACACAAACACCUCAGCAAACAACUCUAUGCCCGGUGGCCGCAUGUUCUGGAGGCAAACAGCGUAAGAAAAACUUUAAAAAAAAAACAAACUCUGAAUAUAAUCUGUUGGAUUUCAUGUAAAAGGUCUUCUUGGAAAAUAUUGUGCAACAACAUUUACGUUUCAUAGUAGGACAAGCCAUAGGUUGGAAAUGUAAAUAUAUUUUCGGGGUACGUUACAACAUCGAUGAAAAGAAGAAUUAUCCUUGUGAGACUUUAGGGACCAACGACAGGAUCCUUUAUGUACAUAUGCAAGAGGUCAAGUAAAAAAAACUAGAAUUGAUCAAUAUGUUGUUCACUAGUCACAUCAAAUCAUCCUUUUAACUAGCACAACUAAGAAUUGGAAAUUUAAUUAGGUCCAUGUAGGGUUUUUUUCCCAUUGAUUCGGACUCUGCCCUCCAAAUAUCUUAAAAACGUGACGUGCUUGAAAAAAUUGGCUCCCCAACGCCGCCAUCUCCGAUUAAAAUAAGCCCAAUGUAAUUUUGCAAGGGGAUCUCAGUCUACUGUACAGCCAAAAUCACAUGUAGCAACCGGUGUCACUCUUUGGAGUCGUAUUUGUUUUGCUGCCAAGAUUCCUCUAAUGUACAUUGUUUGCAUUUGCUCUUUAUGUCAAAAGCCAUUGUAAUACAGAGACCAAAAGAUUGAUUUCAAUGCAGCUUUUUACAUAGCCAAUAGAAAUCCCUCAUGUUCACUUUGACCUCCCUCGCCCUCCGUGUUUGUUUCCAACGUUUAUUCUAAUAGCUUUGUGACGUAUCGACAUGUUGCCUAUUUGUCCCGCGCUGCCGUUGGAUGUAAAUAUCCUCACAUAGGUUCAAAUCGAGUUAUUCCGUUCCAUCAAGGUUGUCAUUCUUAGUUGAAAUUCAUUUUUUCCCGACAUAAAUUCAAGGUAAUCAAACAGUCUGUGAUUGGUUGUUUUUCCUCAGGCUUGGUGAUUUCAUAUUGUUACUUGGUUUGGAGAUCGGCAAGGCUUUUUUUGGUGCUGUCUUCUCACUUGUGCACUUCAUACCUGGCCUGGUUGAUUAAGAAGGAACGGGACUGAAAGUAGUCUCACGCUCAAGUGGCUUUUAUUUGUGCUAUCAAAUUGAAUAAGGUUACUGACUGGAAUGAUGGACCGAUCUGUGUCUAGGCUCUGGAGGAUUGGCGGUGAUGGUGGGAUGAGAGCAUCAUUUAGGGUGGUUUGUGUGUUCCGUUAGCAAUGUCAUUUCUCUGGGAUUAUAAAAAAAAAAAAAAACUGCAGCACCUCUGGUAUGUGUCAACUCGGAUAACUGUCAUCUUGUCUUAAAUGUCACCAGCAGCCUUGUACUUUUUCUUUCUUUUCUUUUCAAAGGUGACUUAAGUGUACAGAACACAUUUGACGUGAUCUUUUUGGUCUUCACCCAGCAAAUCUGUACGAGCUCGAUUCUUUGUUGUUUUUCUGUCUUGUCAUGCAUUCCAUGCGCUCGAAACGUCGUCGCUACAAAAGGCCACCACUUCACUGCAGUUUGCAGCUCAGCUCAGGUUUCACUUGACUGAAACGGCGCAUUUCUAUUUCAUUCCGAGUUAACAUUUGAAACGGAUACGCAGGCACAAACAGGGAUUGUACAUUUCAAAACUUCACUUUUGGCCGAUUAAUCGGCCUAUGUAAGCCGCAAAAGCUGGUUGAUUUUUCACUGUAAAAUAUGAUCAAUAUUAGUCAGUCCCUACUGCAAUUUUUUACGAUAUAUUAGAAGUGACUUUUUACAGCACUUCUAUAUGCUUCUUUGAAUUCAAACCAAUUCAGGUCUCUUAAAAUGGCUGCAAAUUGCGUUUGCAAUUUUAUCUAGCAGAUGUGAGCUGCAAUCUCUGAGCCACUUUGUGUCUCCCAAGCCUGUCAGGUGUACUGUAUGCCUUUUCUUGAAAAAAGAUCUAUUUUCCUGCUCUAAAAAGAGGGACACCGAAAACUAUGCCAGCAGCGCUACCACCUCAGACCAUAAACAGCUGUGAAUGUAUCGAGCCAGCAUCCGAGCAUGUACGACCAGUCGGAGCUCAACCUGCGUCACGACCCAAAGGUCGAGGCGGCAGUUGGUGAGCAUGCAAAUAUCCGCGACACUGGUCGUCCUCUCUUUUUUUAUGCAAAAAACCGCCAGAGCAUCAGAAAGCGGUUCAGGAAAUGAGCAAGUUGUAGCCCACCGCUCACCAACAGGGAUUUCAAUAUGACUCUGAGAAGGCUUGGGUCAGAAAGUGAUUGGAAAGGCUGCAGUUAAGUUGUUGUGGCAAAGUAGCAGAAAGCUUUAUUUUUAUUCAUGACGUUUUUAAAUGCCAAGACUGCACACGAGUGUCCAUUCGCUUUUUUAGAAACACAGGUGGAGCUAGAGGGGGGCGCGGGGGCACUGCCCCUCCCAGGUGCCACGACAGAUCAUCGACUUUCAUUUUUCAACAUUUUCACAAAAUACUAAAAAAAAAUUUGAGGGGGUAAAAAAUAUGUUAAAUAAAAAUAAAUGUUUUAAAAUAAUGUUUUGUGGACCCCCUGACAUAUACUUGCCCCCCCUCUCAGAGGAGAAACACUCUAGCUCCGCCAGUGUGCAGAAGUCAUCCGGAAGCUAAACAUCAUCAUAAUCAUAAUCAACCUUUUAAUAAAAAAUAAAAAAAUUCUAAGAGAAAAUACCUCCAUUUUAAAGAGCAAUGUGUUUUACCUCACUGUACAUAUAGUCUAUUUGUUUACUCCCAUUUGUUUUAUUUCUAUGAAAUGUUGAAGAAAUUAAAGAGAAAUUUUGUUUUCUUUCUUCUGUGGUACGUUUUUUUUCAUCACGCGGCAUCGUAUUGUAUUUUGUGAGUCCAAACAUUGAUGGAACGUUGCCAUUCAUGCUCUGUUUUGGUAGUGUUGUUGUACGUCUGCUGUACAGUCAAAAAGUGCUUUACAGAUGUCAAGCCCCAUUCUGAGCUCUGCUACAAAUGCCUUGUUCAAUAUGCUCUUUGUCUUAAAACUAAACAAGAGGGGGAUUAAAAAAAAAAAAGUGGUGUUGGUGUCGCCACGUGACCCCUCUUGGAUUUCUAAACAUAAUAUCUUGACUUUUUUAUAUAGUGUGUACAGGUGAAUGAGAGACCAUAGGAACUAGAGGACUGAAACAUGUUAACUUUUAACAUAGCUGGAAUAGAAAAUGGUGUGAAUAAAGAAUGUUUCACUACA